AUGCUAACUCAAGUCCCUUCGCCGGUCGAAUCGGCCCUCAACCUGUCUGAAAUCGCCAACGACAUGUCACCAAUCACCAAGCGUCAGAUCGACGCCGAACUCUUCCUCCACGAGAUCGCCUUGCUCCACCGAGUGAGUUAACUGAUAAUUAUCUGGUGGGGGCGUGAUUACUAGGCUUUUUCCUGAUAAUUGUGGGUACGCCCCCUUUUCCGAGUAGUAUAUAGAGCCAGGUUUUCGGAGAAGUUGAGAGAUUUUCAGCUUCUUUCUUCUUUUUAAGUCUUGUUUUUCAUUGAGUAAGUCUGAGUCGAGCUUUUAGCUUGGAAAUUUUUUCGAACUUGGAAAAUAUGGUCUCAGCUGAUUUUUUUCAUUCCUAGGACCUAAUCUAGUUUGAUCUUAUAAUCUUCCAAAAGUUCCAAAAGCUCCAACUCACCCCACUUUAGUACAAAAACCGCUUGAUAAGAGCCAAAAAAAAACUUUCACUUUAUUCUCUCUCCUGUCUUCGACUUGACAGGCUGAUAAGACCUGCCUACUCGAGUAUAUAAACGGAAGAUAAGCCUUGCUCUCUUUUCAGCAAGUCUCCCGAAAGUCGAUGGACUGGCGAACGAUGCCGCAGUCGGCGCACUCGCGCAACACCGUCAACCCAGUCCGGAAGAUCGCCGACGCCUGCCAAGUCACACCGAACCCGAACAAACGUCUGCUGAAGCUGCACCUCGGAGAUCCGUCCGUCGGCGGCAUGCUGCCACCCAGUCCAGUCGCCGUCCAAGCCAUGCACGAAGCCGUCGACAGCCACGCCUUUGAUGGCUACGGUCCAGCUGUUGGAGACCUCGCCGCUCGUCAGGCCGUCGUCGACAGAUACUCCGUCCCUUCGGCCAGCUUCACCGCCGAUGACGUCAUCUUGGCUUCCGGAUGCUCGCACGCUCUCCAGAUGGCCAUUGAGGCUAUCGCUGGACCUGGGGACAGCAUCCUGGUGCCUCACCCAGGCUUCCCACUCUACUCCACCCUGUGCCGCCCUCAUGGAAUCGUCGACCGCGCCUACCACAUCACGAUGACUGAUGGGGUCCGAAUCGACCUGAACUACUUGGAGUCGUUGAUCGACGAGACCACCAAGGCGAUCAUCGUCAACAACCCUGGCAACCCGACUGGCGCCGUCUUCACCAAGGAGCACCUUCAGGAGAUCCUUCGGGUUAGUAUUUCACUUCAACUUGAGCCAAAUUCUAAAGCUGAGCUUAGAAUUGAGCUAUGAUCCAUUCCGAAUUCACCAACUCAUGCUCCAAUUUUGCAGGUCGCUCACAAGCACCGACUCGUGAUCAUCGCCGACGAAAUCUACGGCGACCUCGUCUACAACGGCGCCGAAUUCCACCCGAUCGCCACUCUCUCGCCAAAAGUCCCAGUCCUGACCUGUGACGGAAUCGCCAAGAGAUGGAUGGUUCCCGGCUGGCGAUUGGGCUGGGUGAUCGUCCACGAUCGGUACAAGGUCCUGUCGCAGAUCAAGCUCGGCAUGGUCGCCUUGUCGCAGAAGAUCGUCGGCCCCUGCGCUCUCGUUCAAGGAGCCUUGCCGAAGAUCCUAAAAGACACGCCAGAAGAAUACUUCGUCUACACCCGGAACGUGAUCCAGGAGAACGCCAACGCCAUCGCCGAGGUCCUGGAAGUCGUUCCAGGCCUGACCGCCAUCAAGCCCCAGGGCGCCAUGUACAUGAUGAUCGGCGUCGACAAGGCGACGUACGGCGACGACGUCGGCUUCUGUCAGGCGUUGAUCCGAGAGGAGUCGGUGUUCUGUCUGCCCGGCCAGGCGUUCAGCGCCCCCGGCUACUUCCGAAUCGUGCUGACGAGCAACCUCGCCGAGAUGCGGGAGGCUGCGGAGCGGAUCCGGGACUACUGUCUGAGACACAUUGGCGAGUGCCGGUCCGAGGACAGCUCCGACGAGGGAUGCGAGCUCGGGAGCUUCUGCGACUCUGAGAACGACGUCUAA